AUGAGCAACAGCGUGGGUGCAUGUCUCCCUCGUGCUCCUGUAAGAGGUGAAGGGCUCGGCGAGGGCUCGGCAACGCGUCCCUUUGCAGCGCGGCGAGGCCUCCUCCCGCGUCCUGGUGUUGGAGAUGCCAGCACUGCACUACAGCCGCAGCACUCUCCCAACCUUGCAAGUCUUCAGCACGCUUUUCGACGGCUAAACCGAACCACCACGGCGUCCGACGAAGAAGCUGAGCAGGCGACGUUUAACUGUGAAACGGAGGAGGACGAGGAUGCAGUCGCAGAUGAUGAGACCGGAGAGGAGGAUGGGGGUGGCGGCCGCGGGAGCGUGGUGCAAAGUGACCCGCUUCGUGUCGUGGUGGAUUUCGCUGAGGUACGAAGGGUUGCAGCGCGCUCCAAGACGGCCGCUGCUGCCGCUGCCAGUAGUAAUGGCGCUCUGCAACAAGCAGAGGAGGCGGAAGCCAUGCUCACGGACGCCCAAAAGGGGAGCGAGUCGCAUCAACAAGCGCAACAGGAUAAUGCAAACAGACUCGGUCUUGAAGCAGAGCGCGACGCGCGUGACGUCGCAAGCGCACGCGCCUUCUUGGAGAAGCGAGCACGGGCCGACGUUCAUCGGCGUGCGACGCAAGCGGCCACCACACCCGCGCCACCAUCGGAGCUUCUCCUCGACCUCCUUCAGCAUCUCCCGAGCACACCGGGACGUGCGAUUUACGACCGAAGCAGCUGCCCGCCCACCGCCGCGGCUAGCGGCUUCAACGAAGACUUCCACAAGUGCGUGCAGCAGCUCAUGACACAAAUAGUGCUACAGCGCGAUGGCCGAGCUGGCGAUGCGAAGCCGCCCUCCGUCUCCCUUGCUGAUGCAGCGGCGGCGCAGCAAGCUAGUGCCUCUCCUCGCCAUCGCAGUCGCAUGCAACGAAAGGCUUCAAAACAGAAGCAGAAAGAGGGUGAGGUGGAGCAGCUCGUUGAGGCUGCUGAGAGGGGCAUUGCAGACGAUGUGCGCGAUGUCGUUGCCUACGCCCGAUUUGUCAUGCAGGAGCGACUGCAUCAAGAGCAGCGGAUGGGGUCAGAGCGUCUCUCGCCACCUUCGAAGACGGCAGUUGGAGAAUCGGAGGGGAGCCUCUGCCCUGAUGGCGACACGCAGACCCCCAAACAGCACCAGCUGCUUGCUGAGCUGCGAGCAGUGGUUGAAAAAAAGCUGAGCCUCAUGCGCGCUGCUGCAGAGGCCACCGACAAAGAGGCCGAGCCCGAGAGUGCUACGUUGCGCAGGAAGCGAGCGCAGAGCACGGGGGGCAGCGAGGAUGACGCCGACGGGAUUCCAGGGGCAACUGAUGCUGCUCGUCAGGAUUCCAAGGCAGUGUUUGUCGCAGCCCACACGCGAUUCAUGGACGUCGUGCGCAGCUCAGCGGCAAAUCGCCGUGAGAAAGUGGAAGCAGCUCAGGCGGCGGAGCAGCGACUGGAGGCCACCGUGGCCUCGUGGAGGAAGUCCUACGAUAAGCUGCUGACGCGCGAGCUGAGCCGUCACCGCGCGGGGAAGAGACCAGACAAGCAAUCACGGACGGAGGCACUGCUUCAGGCUAUGCAGCCGCAGCAGGAGAAGCACCAGAAGCGGCAACACCACCAACCCCCGACUGACCUGUGGGAGAUGACGAAGGGAAUGCCCAAGAAAGAGCGCAAGCACCUCAACAAGCUUGUCAAAGCAGCGGCUAAUGUGUUCCCUCUCCCGCCCUUCCAUUACCCGCCAGCACCACCGCACUUCUCUCCGUAG